CUGUUCAUUCACAACGCGAGUCUGGAUUAUCACAGCCCUCGUCGAGCUCCUUCUCGGGGGUCGUCUGGUCAACGCGGCAGGGAAACGGGGGCUUCACGAACCCGCCGGGGUUAAAGGAUGAGAAUGUCAGCGGCGGAGAUGUGCCAGGUGUUGAAGGAGGGCGAGCUGGAGAAGCGGAGCGACAACCUGCUCCAGCUGUGGAAGCGGAAGACGUGCGUCCUGACCACGGACAGCCUCAACAUUUACGCGGACGCGCAGAAGCGCACCAAGGCCAAGGAGCUGAAGCUGCAGGCCAUCAAGAAGGUGGACUGCGUGGAGCGCACCGGGAAGUUCGUCUACUUCACCAUCGUCACCAACGACAACAAGGAGAUCGACUUCCGGUGCUCCGGGGAGCCGAACUGCUGGAACGCGGUGAUCACCAUGGCCCUGAUAGACUUCCAGAACAGGAGGGCCAUCCAGGACUUUAAAACGCGGCAGGACAACGGCAGCGCGUCGCCCGGACAGCAGGAGAGGCGCAUGGCGAGGGCGCCCUGAGCCGCAGCGGCGCCGCGGCGGAUGGCCGCUCCUUAUAUGUGUCAAUGCGGACCAUAAAGCAUGUAAUACACGGACCAAACGGAAGGCGAGGUCGUGCGGUCCGGAGAUGAAGGAUUGUUCGGGACUGAGCUCGAGAGGAGACGGCAGAGUUAUCAGACGCUCCACACUGAGGACUGAACCCUUGAAUUGUCAAAACUAUUUCAAGUUGUCUCCAGGGAGGCCUCCUCCUAAAACCACGAUGCUAAUUUAUUUGUAUCCAUGAUAUGGUGUUACUGUAAAGGUUUAAAUUAUUUCCUAUUUCUGUAUUUAUUUGAAUAAAUAUUCAUGCAUUUUUGACAUAAA